UGCAAAGAAAAGUCAUGUGGUCCAGCCCCAGAAAUUCCCAAUGCUUCACUGGAGCAAGAAGAUAGAGAACUGGAAUAUGAUUCUGGAAAAAUAAUAAAUUAUACAUGCAAUCAUGGAUUUGAUACCAAAGAAUCUACUAGAAAAACAUGUACAAGAGGAAAAUGGGUAGGAUCUUUCACUUGUAAAGAUGCAACAUGUCCCACACCCCAUCCAGUUGAAAAUGCUGAAAUUGUUGAAAAUACAAUGAAGAAGUACCUGAAUGGCGAGAAAAUAAAUUAUCAGUGUCAUGAUGGUUUUGAUAUAUCUGAAUCAGCUCCUGUAACAUGUAGACAAAAUAAGUGGUCACGCUUGCCAAGAUGUGUAGAUGUAAGAUGUUCUUCUCCCUCUGAAAUUCCAAAUGGUCAGAUUACUAGUGAAAUAAAGGCAAAGUAUUUGCCCCAGGAGAAGGUACACUAUCGAUGCAACCCAGGUUAUGCUCUUCUUGGAAGUCCUUCCAUUACAUGUUCGAAGAACCAUUGGACACAAACUCCACGUUGUGCAG